CGACACCCGAUCCCGACGCGGUGUAGCCGACACCCCACUGUAGCCCGCACGCUAGUCCGCGACGGCGGUAAUCAAACGUAACGCGCGGCACUUAACCGAUUGACGGCUCUAUUAAACGUUUAUCGUUGGCGCGUAAUACUGAAAAAACACUGAAUAUAAUACAUAAUUAUAUACGCGUGUCUGUACGCACAUCGCGUAACUAUACAUCUAUCUGUAUAUAAAUAUAUAUAUAUACAUUAGUACCUACGUAGGAUAAAUCGAUUUUUAAUAAUUUUUAUAAUUUCUCUAAUAUAAUAUCAUCACAAGUAGUGUUCGCUGUCGUACCGAAGACAAAUACGGUUUUAACGACAAAACAAAACCGACAAUGACGAUUCCGGCCGUAUGUUGAACGCCGCCGUAGCUGUCCUAUUGCACCAGACCACACACAUUGCAUAGUACCCACGUUCAAGUCCGCAGAAACCGAUGAAAUUGGACGGACGACUCGGCGGGACGACGUGCGACGGCGGCGGUGCUGUUUACGGUGCAUCAGCGGGUCUCGGCGACAACGACGACCGCACGGAACGGCCACCGACCUCCGCCGCCGCCGCCACAGCCGCGGUGGAUGAGCGCGGCUUGACGUCGCCGCGGGAACAGUGCGAUUGCGACUCCGACGCCCGUGGACAGGCGAUGGCCACCUGCACGGCGGCUGGUUCCGCUGCCGUGCCGAAGACGUCUACCGUCGGUUCGUCGCUGUUUACCAUCGACAGCAUACUCGCUCCGUCCAGGUCGUCCGACAUGUCGGCGGUCACUGCGGCCUCUGGCCGCAACAACGUAACCGCGGCCACGGCGGCGGCCACCGGGUUCUUCAAGCAGCCGUUGAGCUUUGGACACCUGGCUGCCGCCGCAGCCGCGUCCGGAUACGCGCACUCCACCGCCGCAAACUUCUUAGUUGCCGCGGCUGGUUACCAAAGCAUCUAUCCCAGUUACAUGAUGGCCAUGGCGGUGACGGGGGGCCACGGGGCCGCUGGAGGCCAUCAUCACGGUCCCGCGUCCAUGUUCGCCGGCCCACCCGCCAAGAGAAAGAGAAGGCACCGGACCAUAUUCACCGAGGAACAGCUCGAACAGUUAGAAGCGACUUUCGAGAAGACGCAUUACCCAGACGUGGUUCUCAGGGAGCAGUUGGCGCUGAAGGUGGACUUAAAAGAAGAACGAGUCGAGGUGUGGUUUAAAAAUCGUCGGGCAAAAUGGAGAAAACAAAGACGCGAAGAACAAGAUAGACUGAGGAAAAUGCAACAUCAUCUAGUGGAUCAGCCUGGAGUGUCUAAUGGGCUAGCAGCUGCAGUGGCGGCAGCCGCGGCUAGGGGGGGUGAUCCCAUGCGGUUAGUUCAUCUGCACGUGGACGAAGAAGAACUCGAAGAAGAUCCCGAUUCUUCAGACUUAGAAGUUGCUUGAGUAAAUUCUAUCGACUGAAUAAAUGAUUGUUUGUCUUUUUUGUACAUCUAAGCUCUUGAGGAGCUGGUUUUUUUUUUUGUUAACCCGGAACGAUGCAUAUAUGUAUAUUUUUAAGAUGUGUUUUGAUAUUUUAAAAGCGUUUCUUUAAACCAAUAAUGAUAAUCAGUAAAAUUCGUUUUUUUAUUGAUAAUAUUGAACUCCUGAAUGGCUAAAAAUAUCAUAAU